AUGAAGGUCUCAAGACUCCAACUUGGUGUAUAUAAUAUCAACGGCAACCAGCAACCCUUUUGCUUAUAUUUGUUCCCUUUGGUCGCUUCUUCUCAAAAUGAUCAAGAGACAUCUUCAAGAACUACCAUAUAUUCUCCAUUCUAUCGGUUAAGAGACAUCGAUGCCAUCUUUUUCGAAUCGUCUACUGAUUUUAUAUUCAAAUCUGGGAAAAUUCCUCAAAUUUAUUUUGAUACUCCUGGUUAUUGUUUUUAUGAACGUUCGGGUGACAUAUUUUUAGCUGCCCGUGCUGUAGGUGAAACUGCUACUCGAUUAGGAAAUCAUCUACUUGCCGAAUAUUGCAAAUAUGAAAAGGAUAAUAUAAUAUCAGGAAUGGCAGAUCGAUUAUUAAAUGAUGUUCCAUUAUUAACUCGCAUGUUUCCUCCUGCCGAAGCAGAGUUUGAAUUCUAUUCUGUAAAUUCACCUUCCCCACGAAACUACACCAGUAGUCUUCGAGCUGAUUCUCCAACUAAUAAUGACAAUUCACAAAAUCAAUCAUUAGUUCCACUUAUUGAUGGAAAGAAACGUAUGUCUUUUGAUACAAUUACAAAUAGUCCUGAAAAUAAUAAUAUUGAUGAUACACGAUAUUCUUUAAAACCGGAAGAAAACAUUACUUCACCCAUGGAAACAGAUAGAAGAAACUCAUCAAUUAAGCAAGAACAAUCUUAUUCCAGAAGUGACCAAUCUAAUCCAGCAUCGCCAAAUAAUUCGAACCCUUCAAAUCAUUCCGGAUCACCUCGCUCACAUAAUGAGUCAACAAUAGAUGAUGAUAGAUUACGCAAGAAAAGACGUGUUUCAAUUUGUUCUAAUAAAAUUAAGGCAACUAAUAAUCCCGAAGUGAUGGAACAAGUUAGGAACACUCUAAAAAGACAUUCUGUUGCCGGAUACGGUAAUACAGUUUCACCAAGAUCAAAUUUAUCUAAACAAGGCGCUUGGGAUUCAAAACAAAUUUCUUCUAUGUCAAAACGUGGUUCCAUAACUAGAGUGAAUCGGAAUUCUAGAAAUCUUAGCGUAUUUACUCCACCUUAUAAUGAUCCAAAUUUUGCUUCCCCUGUUAUCUCUAUUAGUAGAUCAGCUCCAAGUAGACAAAGUAUUACUAAACAAGUGCAAUCCACUUCCCGUCUUGGUGGUGGAUCCAAUAAUAGUAAUAGUAAUUUAACACCGAUUUCCUCUAUUAAUAGAUCAUCACCUAAUAGACAUAGUAUUUCUACAGUCCCUCUGUCAGCCAAUUCAGUUUUUAGAACCACAACUCAAGUGCAUUCCGCUUCUACCAGUGCUAGUAUCAGUGGUCUUAUUUCACCUCAAAAUGUUGAUGAUACGCCAACACCAAGUCCAAAAAGUUCUUCUACUGUCACUAGUCCAACAUUAGUUCUUAAUUCUGAACAACCAACAAAAGAAUCAUUUAUUCAUAUUUUUGAUAACUUAUAUGAUACUGUUUCCAAUACUCAUUCUCUUAAAUCUACACUCGAAGAUCAAAUCCGUAAAACUGCGACCUUACUUCAGACACUUCAAGCUUCAGGUUCAAUGAUUGAAAGUUUGGUUCGUGGACAUUUUAGAGAAAUGCAAAGAGAGACUGUUCAAGAUCUGAUGGCGUUAGAAAAAAGAAUUGAUAGGAUGGAAGAAUCUAUGCGUCAUAACACUACAAUGAUGAAUCCCAGUCCACCUAUGGAAACAGAUAGAAGAUUAAGUGGUAUUAGCAAUGCAAGUAGUGACAUAGGAUACAGUCAUCGUUCUAGUAUUUCUUCGUCGUUCAAUCAAAUUAAUCUAAAUGAAAAUAAUGACGAAUCAUCACAAUUUUUAUCGACGGGUCAACACACUCAUGUUAGUCCUCCGUUGUCAGCUCGAAGUAAUGAAGAGACACAGCCUCGAGAUUACCAAGAUAUUCUGAGUGUUUUGAAAGCUAGAUUAGAUUCUUUGGAACGACGUAUGUCCGUUCCAUGA